AUGUCGACAGUUUCUUCUAGAGUUGCUAUUGUCACCGGCGGCACAUCCGGCAUCGGAAAAGAGACAGCAGUCCUCCUUGCCAGUGAAGGAUGGAGAGUCGUCGUGUCUGGAAGGAAUGAGAAUGCAGGUAAACAGGUUGUUGAGGACAUCAAGGCUUCUGGGGGAGAAGCGACUUUCGUCAAAUGUGACGUCUCCGUUGAAGACAGCAUCCGCAAGCUUGUGGAUGAGACCGUCAGGAUCUACGGCAAGCUAGAUGGUUGCGUCAACAAUGCUGGCAUCGCCACUGAUGUCGCGCCAUUUGUCGACUUGAAAGCCGAAGAAUUUGAGAAGAUGAUCCGCACCAACAUAAUGGGUGUUUUCUGGUGCAUGAAAUAUCAACUCAAGCAAAUGCUCCCGCAAAAGUCCGGCAGCAUCGUCAACCUUGCAUCCAUGGCAGGAUUGAACGGCGUUCGAGCAAGCGCCAGCUAUUCCGCAACCAAGCAUGCGGUGGUUGGACUUACCAAGAGCGUUGCUAUAGAUUACGCCACCGAGGGGGUAAGGAUCAACGCCAUUGCCCCAGGAGCGAUCAAAACAGAUCUUAUCCAAAAUGCUAUCGAUUCAGGUUCCUAUAGCGAGGAGAGUCUUGCUGCAAUGUUUCCCAUGAAACGCAUGGGUGAGCCUAUCGACAUUGCAAAGGGUAUCAGCUUUCUGCUGAACAAUGACUAUGCAACUGGCACGAUUCUGAAUGUUGAUGGAGGGUUGUAUGCGCAGUGA